AUGGACGCUAUCAGCUUUGUACUUGGUGAACGGACACGGCACCUAAGGGUUACGAAGCUAAGUGAUCUUAUACAUGGGUCGGUCGUGGGAAAGCCCGUCGCAAAAACUGCUAGUGUCACCGCGGUUUACCAGAUGCCCGAUGGUGUUGACAAACGCUUUAGUCGAUACAUCAGCGGUAAUACCUCAGAGUACCGCAUCAAUGGGACUCCUGUAAAAGUAGAAGAGUACGCGGAAGCUCUCGAAAAAAUACGGAUUUUUAUGAAGGUCAAAAACUUCUUGAUUUUUCAAGGAGCCGUUGAGAGCAUUGCCAUGAAAAAUGCUCGUGAGCGUUGUCAAAUGUUCGAAGAAAUCAGUCGAUCAGCAGAAUAUAAAGAGGAAUAUGACAGGUCGAAGGCUGAAAUGCAGAAGUUGGAAGAAGAGGCCACAUUCAACCUUAAUAAAAAGAAAAAUAUUGUAGCAGAACGUAAAGAGGCUCGUAUAGAAAUCGAUGAGGCAGAGAAGUACAAGAAGCUACAUCAUAAAUGGCUGUCCAAACGAACGGAGUUGCAACUCUUCCGGUUAUAUUAUAACGAUGUGGAUAUCAAACGCAUACGAGAAGAUUUACAACAGCGAGAAGAAAUAAUUGAGCAGGAGAAUACACAGAGACAACAAAUAGAGGAAGAGAUUCGUGAUAAGCGUCGGGAAUUGGGCAAACUUCAUCGUGAUCAGGCAGGCUUAGAACAAGAAAUUAAAAAAUGUGACCAAAAGGUUUCCAAGAGAAAGCCUGAGUAUAUUAAAGUUUCACAGAUGCUGCGUCAUGUUAGCGACAAGCAUAAAGAAUCAAAAAAGGCUUUGGAGAAUGCUCGUCAACAGCACAGUAGCCAUCGUCAGGAAAUGGAUCAGCUGGAAGCCGAGUAUUCUCGAAUCUUAGCUCUUAAAGAAGAUUAUGAGCAUCAACAGAAUAAAAAGAGCAAGGAGCAGGGUCGUUCUCUUGAACUGGAGGAUUCACAAUUGGCCGAGUAUCACAGGCUAAAACAGAAAGCGGCGGAACAUACCUCAGAUCUUUCGGCCCAACUCGACGCCCUCAGGCGGGAAUAUGAUGAGCAAAAGGAUCUCUUCGAUGGUCUUGAGAGGCGGAAGGAAGAAAUUGAAAAUUCUCUUCGUUUAAAGCAGACGGAGCUUAUUGACAAUCAAAGACGUCUUCAGAGGCUCGUUGAGUUCAUUGAAACUAGCCAUCGCUCCAUAACGGAGCUCUCAGAGGCAGAGAAGACGAUUAGAGAGGAAGUUGAAAGCGCAACGAGGCGAAUGGAUGAAAUCAACGCGGAGUUGGAGACAGUGAUUUGCCAGUUGGGCGAGGCCAAGGUAGAACGCCACGAAUCCUCUCGAGCGGUUAAAAAGCAGGAACUAAUCGAGAACCUCAAGCGACUUUUUCCUGGCGUACAAGGUCGUCUGCUGGAGAUGUGUGAACCGUCGCACAAGCGUUACCAAAUCGCCAUCACCAAAGUUCUUGGCAAACACAUGGACAGCAUCGUGUGUGACAGUGAAAAAACGGCGAAAGACUGUAUUCAGUACAUGAAGGAUCAACGCAUUGAGCCGGAAACAUUUCUCCCUCUUGACUUCCUUGAUGUUAAGCCAGUUGAUGAAAAACUGCGUGAAAUAAAUGAGCCGCCGAAUGUCCACCUAGUGAUUGAUGUUAUCAAUUGCGAUCCUGUGAUUGCAAAGAAAGCUCUGCAGUUCGCUUGUGGCAACGCUCUUGUCUGUGACACUGUCGAGCACGCUCGUUACGUCGCCUACAAUAUGGGUGAUCGUAAAAAGGCGAGGGCUAAGCGUUGGGACGAAAAACAAAUCAGUUCUUUGAUGGCGCGUCGCGACGCACUGCAGGUCGAAUUGAAGGAACAGCUGAAACGGAAGCGUAAAGAGGCCGAGCUCCGCACUCUGCAGUCACAAAUCAAUGGUCUUGAAAAAAGGCUCAAAUACACACAAAAAGAUAAGGAAGGCACUGAAGAAAAAAUCCUUAGUGGAAACGAAGAGGAAGUAAACAAUUUGAAAGUCAAUCUGGAGGAGGUCAAUGAACGGCUCAGUAUGUGUCAGACAAAAAUGCAGGAACUUCAGAUCUCAAUUAACGCUGAAAAGGCAAAAAUGGAUAACGUUGAAGACACCGUAUUGCAUGAUUUUUGUGUCAGUAUCGGUGUGGAAAAUAUCCGUGAAUAUGAAGAUCGUGAGCUGCGUAUUGCCCGCGAACGCGACCGAAAACGUAUGGAGUUUACCAAUCAACUUCAACGCAUCAACAAUCAGCUAGAAUAUGAGAAGUCUCGUGAUACUCAAGCUGCGGUGCGUCGUUGGGAGGAAGCGGUGGUGAGCGAGCGUCAAGAGAUGGAGCGUUGUAAGAAGCAAGAGAAGCGCCUAAAGGAGGAGAUGGAGGCAGAAGAAAUCCAUAAGGGCAAUUUUGAAUUUCAAUUAAGCGAGUAUCAACGCAAAUGUGAGCGUUUGGAUGGUGAGUUGGCGGAGCUCAGUCGACGUUUGGUUUCGCGAAAACGAGAAAUCCAGAAGCUACAGAAGGAGACAAGUCAAAUUGAGACGCGGUUGGAAGCCAAACGCUCCGAGCGUCACUCAUUGCUUCAAUCGGCCAAGAUGGAAGAUCUACAGCUGCCUUUGAAGCCGGGCGCAAGCUCAAUGCCGGAGCUGGAAAGCCAGUUGUCAGCUGAAAGUGAGGGUGCAGAUCUCAACUCAGAAGAGAUGAUGCGACUCUACGUUAUGGAAGCUCGUCUACCACUAGACUACAAGCAACUGGAGAAACCUCUUCGCAUGAUAGCUGACGACAAAGAAGUUAGUAGAAAGGUAGACGAAAUGCAAGCGGAGGUUGAUCGGAUGCAGAGCGAGCUCUCGCGAUUUCAGGCACCGAAUUUGAAGGCGGGCGCGAAGUUGGGCAAUGUGGAACAGCGACUUCGCUCUACCGAGGCUGAGUUUGAGGAGACUCGGCGCAAGGCGAAGAAGGCCCGUGCCCAGUUUGAAAGGAUUCGCCGUCUUCGAUGCAAUGCUUUUAUGAAAUGCUUCCUCUCUAUCGCCGAUAACAUUGAUCCUCUGUACAAAGCCCUCUCGCGCAAUCCUGGUGCUCAGGCGAGUCUGUUGCCUACAAAUGCGGAGGAGCCCUAUCUGGAAGAAUUGCAGUUUCAGUGUGUGGCUCCGGGCAAACGGUUCCAGCAAAUGGACUCCCUGUCUGGUGGCGAGAAGACCAUCGCUGCCCUAGCCCUCUCCUUCGCGAUGCACCAGUACAACCCCUCCCCCUUCUUCGUUCUCGAUGAAAUCGAUGCCGCUUUGGAUAACACCAAUAUUGGGAAGGUGGCCUCCUUCAUCCGUGAGUACUCGCGCACCCGUGCACAGGUCAUUGUCAUCUCAUUGAAGGAGGAAUUCUAUUCCCGAGCAGAUUCCCUCGUCGGCAUCUAUCCUGAUACGGAGAAUAACUGCCUUGUCAGUCGCGUUCUCACCUUUGACCUGUCAAAAUACGUCGACACAGAGGAAUAA